AUGAGUGAAUAGUAAACUCAAUAAAGCAUUUACCCAUUUUAUUAAUUUUGUUUAGGAGGAGCGUCACAAAACUUUUUGAAAUGUACUAAUUGUAUUAUCUUGGGUGUUAUUAUUCUUAUAUUGAUUUCUAUUCUGAUUCUUUAAUUGCAAAGGAGAUAUAAGGCAGGAACUAAGAAAUUAUCAAAAAAGUGCAUCAUUUUGUACAUGAUUAUGACCAACUUUUUAAGUAUUCAUGAUAACCAAUUCAAGUAUUAUUUGUAGAGUCAUCCAUCAUAAGCAACAAGUACGUGACACAAUUAGAACCUUACUUCAGAACUAUGGUGUUCAUCUUCUUUUACUAUUAUAUUAGUCUUAAAUUAAGUAAACUUUCAACAAACAGGAAAAGAGCAUAAACAAAAUUCAGAAACAUUGCUUUAUUCUUAUAUGCCUUAAUACUAAUUGGAUUAAUAUUUGUACUUGUGAAAUUGAUUUAAGACAACUAGGUUUUCUAUGAAUGUUAUUGUAAGAUAUGACUAAUUCUAGUUAAAUAUAGUAUGAUUUCUAAAAUACUGGGAGUGUGCAUUACAAUAAUUUUAGUUAUCUUUAGUGCCAAGUUAUAAAAAAAAGUGGAUGACAAAGUUAAACCAAUAUACCAAGAUCUUCCACUUUUAUAAAUGAAGACUUUUUAAAAUAAUGAAACAUAAAGGGAAGAUUUAAGAAUAUUAAUUGUAAUGUGCAGUGCUUCUUAAUUUUUAACAAUAUUCUAAAUGAUUUACUUUUUUAUUAAGGAACAAAUCAAUGCAGAAUUGUAAUUUCCUAAUUGUACUCCUUGUCAAAUGAUACCUUGUCUAAAGAUGUCUGUAAAUAAUACGAUUGCAUUUGAACUAUUCUUAAGAUUGUCAUUUUUAACAAUCAUCAUCAUUUUACCAUAUUUAGCACUUAUAUCCUUCUUCUGGGUGAAUUCCAAUUAAUUGCAUAAUGAUCAUGUAUUAGAUUCUAUAUACAAUAUAUAUUUAGCAUAGAACAAUAUCCAAUGAAGAGGAUAUUUGGAUUAACUUCUUUAAGAAAAUGGGAUAUGAAAAAUCCAAGAUGGGUUUAUCAGACAUUACAGAUUAAUAAGAAAAAUCUUUAUCAUCAGAUGUUUCUAAAUAAUGA